AUGCAGGUUCUACGACCAGACCGCGUCUUAUCCCACGGUGCCGCGCCAGCCGUGUUCGCCUGGAUGCAGGAUAAGGUGGUCAACGAGCACCUGGCGCUCAACGAUCCUGACCAGUUCGUGAACGCGCACUGGACACCGGGUCUCCUGUCGACGCGCUGCAGGCUUGUGUUUCGCGAGGAGGAUACCGUCGCCACCGGCGGUGGAGACGCAGGUGACGACGAUGACGCAUUGAAGGGGAUCUCGGAAGCCACGCUUCAGGUACCCCCGGCGGCGUUGGACUUGCUCUGGGCAACCAAUCCUUCAACGGCCAUGUUACAGGUGGCGCGCAUCGGCGUACGCGCCUACGAGCCAGUGCUACGGUACCUACUGCGGUGGCUGCAGCGUCAACAGCGCUCGAGGCUUAACAACUGCACGAAGUGGUCCUCGUCUUCACCCCGCCUCCUCGACGUCGCGCUCGAGUCGCGCGCGCUGUCUCUGGCGCUUCGAGCCUUCCUCGCGUGGCCCGGCGCAUCGGAGCUGGUUUUGCCAGGACUGGAGCACCUAAACGCCGAGCAACUCUUCUUCGUCUUCUACGCACUCAACCAGUGCGAGGCCAACGGUCCCGACGUUGAGCAGAUGCUCGCUGCGAGGCAUAAGCGCCGUGAUGGGACAGCCAGACCGGAUCUCGCCACCUGGAUCAACGAGGUGGCCACAACGAACGAGGACUUCGGCCGGGCCUUCAAGUGCGCUUUGCCGGCAAAGCAGCCCAACCCUUUCCGGGACUGCAGCUAAUCGGCGGCCUAAACGCCACCGUCGUUUUCUUUCACGCGCCUUUCUUUCAAGUGCAAAAUAUACAUAUGUUAGUGAACCCACUGUUAUGA